AUGUUGAUAGACUCCGGGGCGGAUGCCAAUCUCAUCAGCGAAUCAGCUUGGAAAAAAAUGAAGAAGGAGCGUGUAUCUGUUGUUUCUUCGACUAAGGGCAGCUCUCGUGUUCUUCGGGCUUACGGCAGCGACAGACCAUUAGAAGUGUUGGGUGUUUUCGUAGCUAGUGUAGCAGUGGGUCGAAUGGAAACUACGGCGGAAUUUCUCGUGGUGCGAGGCGGUCAGCGAUGCUUGAUGGGAGAUAAAACGGCUAAACUGCUUGGUGUACUGAAAGUAGGUUUGGACAUUAAUGAAGUAACCAGUGAUAAAACUCCUUUUGCAAAGAUCCGGGGUAUAAAAGCUCAUAUACAAUUGGAUCCCAAAUUUGUACCAGUAUUUCAACCGAUGCGUCGCGUGCCUAUACCAUUGGAACAAGCGGUCAAAUGUAAGUUGAAUGAUCUUUUGAAACGUGACAUCAUUGAGAAAAAAAUCGGACCAGCAAGUUGGGUGUCUCCACUUGUGGUAGUCGGAAAAGCGAAUGGAGAACCACGUCUGUGUCUUGAUCUUCGUCGAGUGAAUGAAGCAGUUGUCAGGGAGCGACACCCUAUGCCAAUAGUGGAUGACUACCUAGCACGAAUUGGCAAGGGCAAGAUAUGGAGUAAAUUAGACAUACGUGAGGCGUUCAUGCAAAUCGAGCUAGCAGAAGAGUCUCGAGAUGCAACAACGUUCAUCACAGCCCAAGGAUUAUUUCGAUUCAAAAGAUUACCAUUUGGCUUAGUAACAGCACCAGAACUGUUUCAAAAGGCGAUGGAUGAGAUUCUCAGUGGGUGCGAAGGCACAUUUUGGUAUAUAGACGACGUCAUCGUAGAAGGAGAGACCUUGGAGCAACAUGAUGAACGCCUGCAAAAGGUACAGAAUUAUUAUUGA